UUGGGGUCCAGCCCUUUGUGGCAUCCCAUGGGCAGGGAGUGUGAGCAGGAAUAGCGGGAUUGGAAGAUCUGGAAAGGGAAAAGAACCGGCACAGCCGCCAACUGUCCUGGAAACAUGUACCAACCGGAGGCCAAUCCCGAUUUCCCGUUCUCGGCCCACGACAACAAGCACAGCCUCCAGAACUGGGGCGAGUACUUCGACUCCGGCCUGGGACGGCGGAAAGUGGCCGCCGGACGAAGGCAGCACAAUUCCAGCAGUUCCCGAUUCUGGAAAGACGACCCGGAGUGCGGCCGAUUCCUGGGAUCCACCAGCUACAAGGAGGCCUUCGUGGCCCAGGGGUCUGUCCCUGACUGGGGCCAUCGCCGCUUCCCGCGGCAUCACGGCUACCGGUGGGCCGCCCUUCCGCCUCGCCCCGCGUCCGGCUGCGGCCCAAUUCCCGGCUACGGCCCGACGCCGGACCGUGGCCCGCCGGGAAUCGCGGGCGGCCAAACUGGGCCACCCGGUAGCCGUAGGUGGCCCCUCUGCGGCUCCUCUCCGGGAUGAGGCCCACCUUGACCGGAGCUGCCCAGGCCGCGGUCCGUGUCGGGAGGCCGGAGCAGGGCCUGGGACCGUGUUCACGAUUAUCCCGAUUCAGCUGCUCUAUUAAAAAUCAA